GUUGGUACAAUCCUAUUUACCUUCAUCUUAUCAGACGUUUAACUUUCAGUUUCACUAGUGUUAAUUCACAACCUGCAUAUAGACUGAGUGUUAAAUUUAUAGCGAACUCCAAUUCGAGGACACAUUGAAAGCGACCUUAAACAUUUAAUCAGCAGCAGUGAAGAGCAGAUCAUGGCGUUUCAGAUGUCUAAAGUGUCCGCUCGUGUUUGUGUUUGGAGUCGCAGCUUCAAAGCGCAGUUCUGCUCUGGUGUUACCCGUAAAGCAGGCCAGUUUGAGAAGCUUUCCGCAGCCGCAGUGUGUGUUCCCCGGCCCGGCUAUGCUGCUGUGAUGGGGCUGCGGGUUGUGCUCGGCGCUGCGGGGGUCUCAGCGGCGGCGUGCGCGGCCCUGAGCACGAGCACGCUUUAUGCCAUGAGCGCGCGACCCGAGCUGAACCUGGAGUCUGACAGAAGCGACUGGAAACAGGCGAAGACUAAGCUUUGCUCCAUGGAUAAGGAGAAGAGAAGGGAACUGUACAGGGUUGACUUCAUUCCAUUGGAGGACGUUCCUGUCUGGAGUCCGUCAGGUGACUCUUCUUGUAAACCUCGCUGCGAAGUCAAUGAAGAGCUAAAUAUGAAAGUAUCUUUGUUCGGCGGUGACAUCACAAAGCUGGAGAUCGACGCCGUUGCCAAUGCAGCUAACAAGACACUUCUAGGUGGAGGAGGAGUGGAUGGUGCCAUUCACCGUGGAGCUGGUCCUCUGCUGCGGAAAGAAUGCGCCACUCUGAACGGCUGUGAAACGGGGGAGGCCAAGAUCACCGGAGCCUACGGUCUGCCAGCGAGAUAUGUUAUUCACACCGUGGGGCCGAUAGUCCAUGAUUCAGUGGGAGAGAGAGAAGAAGAAGCGCUGAGAAACUGUUAUUAUAACUGUCUGCACACAGCAACUAAACACCACCUGCGGACUGUGGCUUUUCCCUGCAUCUCUACUGGAGUUUACGGAUACCCACCUGAUCAAGCGGUCGAAGUUGCCCUGAAAACAGUGAGAGAUUACCUGGAGCAAAACCCAGAGAAGCUGGACCGGGUCAUCUUCUGUGUGUUUCUGAAGUCCGAUAAACAGCUCUACGAAAAUCUUUUACCUGCAUACUUCCCUCGAGGUUCACCGCCAAAGAGCAAAUUAUGAGAGGAUGUCAGAGUUGCUGUGGAAACGCCACCCAGCCAUUGCUUUUCCGCCACAUCACAGCCUCGCUAUAACCUGACGCAGACGCCGCAAACAACAACAACAGCAACAGCUUCCUGACACACACCAUCUGAUUUAUUCACAUCAAGCAAACCAGCUCUGCACUGAAGACACGCUAUCUGCUAACCAGUGGGGAAUCAAAUUGUCAUCGAUUUUGUGCUGAUGUUGAUAACAGUGUAGGCUUACAAAUGCUGCUUCACACAAUAUUUCAAGUCAGACGGUAAAAAAUAUUUGUUAGUUUUCAUUUCUGUGUGAUUCACGGGUGUUUUCUGUUUAUGUAUGGGUGUUAAUUGCAUUAUGGUAGUAAUGGGACAUAGAUUACUGCUCUGUUGACUUUUAGUGUUGAAAGCUCAAUUGUGUAGUUUAGCAAAGUGAUUUUUAUUCAUAUUUUAGUAGUUUGAAGCAGUAUAAAGUGUAAAACAAUUACAUAUAUAUAGAAUUAUUUCUGUAACACUACCGAAAAAGUACAGAUGAUUACUUUUAAAAACGCCAAUCCAGACUAUUACUUCAAACUAAUAAAAAUGUCAACGUUAAAUGGAGGAAAUAUCAAGCUUCCAUAAUGUAAUAAAUACAAUUUAUAAAUAAAAAAGGCAAAAUAUGAAUCACAAAAUAUGGACAACUGUUAAUAUGUGGAUGUUUAAUAGUGUCUGCUGUAUGCCUUUCAGUUGAAUUCAAUUUAGGUCAGUUUACUGUCAUUGUACGUCAUACAACGAAGUUCUGUCCGGUGAAUGAUGUACGAUGACAAAGUAAAUUGAAUUGAACUGAAAUGCAUACACAAGACCGCCUAAACUAAGUCUUCUGUAUUUUGCAUUAGAUUUUCCUUGAACUUGUCACUGUUUGAACACCUUGAAAAAUGCAUCUUUCAUGAAUAAGUGAACUGUAAUUUUACACUUUCAGAAAUAAAGGUACAGUAGCUGUCA